AUGCCUGGGAGAGUACGCAAGCGGUCGCCCUUGAAGCUGCCGGAGCGGCCGUACAUCGCCCUCGGCCUCGAGGGCUCGGCGAACAAGCUGGGCGCAGGCAUCAUCCGGCACGACAAGGACGGCUCUACUACGGUCAUGUCUAACGUCAGACACACCUACAUAACGCCCCCGGGCGAGGGUUUCCUCCCGCGAGAUACAGCACAGCAUCACCGGGACUGGGCCUUGACCGUGAUCAACGACGCGCUCAAGAAAGCGGCAGUAUCCUUGCACGAGAUCGAUUGCAUUUGCUAUACCAAGGGCCCGGGGAUGGGCGCGCCCCUCGUGUCCGUCGCAUUAGUGGCGCGGACCCUCUCUCUGCUAUACAAGAAGCCGCUCGUUGGCGUCAACCACUGUGUUGGGCACAUAGAGAUGGGUCGUCAAAUCACCGGCGCGCAAAACCCAGUGGUAUUGUACGUGUCUGGCGGAAAUACGCAGGUCAUCGCGUACUCGCAGCAGUGCUACCGGAUUUUUGGCGAAACGCUCGACAUCGCUGUGGGCAACUGCCUCGAUCGCUUUGCGCGAGUCAUAGAUUUGAGUAACGACCCGAGCCCGGGAUACAACAUUGAGCAGGAGGCGAAAAAGGGAAAGCGUCUGCUGCCAUUGCCAUAUGCAACAAAGGGCAUGGACGUGAGUUUAUCGGGCAUCCUCACAUCCACGGAAGCAUACACUACGGAUAAACGCUUCCGACCCAAUGGCGAUGGUGAAGACAUCAUAACCCCACAAGAUCUCUGUUUUUCUCUGCAAGAGACAGUUUUUGCCAUGCUGGUUGAGAUCACCGAGCGCGCGAUGGCCCACAUCGGCAGCAAGGAGGUCCUUAUUGUUGGCGGUGUUGGAUGCAACGAGCGUUUGCAAGAGAUGAUGGGCAUCAUGGCGAAGGAGCGCGGCGGCCAAGUGUUCGCCACGGACGAAAGGUUCUGCAUUGAUAAUGGCAUAAUGAUCGCUCAAGCUGGUCUGCUCAGCUUCCGUAUGGGCUUCCAAACACCACUUAGUAAGAGCACAUGCACGCAGAGGUUCCGUACGGACGAGGUACACGUAGCGUGGAGGGCGUAA